CCCUGACAAGGGCUUGACCCUCCCCUGCCCCCUCCCCCAACUCCUGGGCAGGAGCUGGGCUCUCACUGAAGCUGGGAGCGAGUGGGAAGGGCAGGAGAAGCGGCUCAGAUCCCUGACUCUCUCAGUCUCCCUGUGUCCCUGUGUGAGAGGGAGCAGCAUUCCCAGUGUCUCCCUCCCUCCCUCCCUCCCGGUGCCUGGCUCGGUUGCCAGCCCGCUCUGGGAGCCCGGUUCCUGCUCACGUUCUCGGCAGCAGCAGCAUCAUGGAGAGCCCGGACACACGGGGAAAACCCAAAAGAUGGGUGCGAGUUUCCACUCUGCUCACCCUCACGUGGAUGAGUUUUCUACAAGUUUCCAGUGUAACAGGAGCUGGUCCUGUUGAUGUCCUCCAAACUUUAGACUUUCACAAUUUGCCAAACGGAAUUCGUAAAACCCCUGGAUUCUGCAAGAACAGAAGGAAUGCGCAGGGAGCAGACGUGGCAUUCAAAGUGACGAAACAAGCUCAGCUCAGUGCUCCAACCAGGCAGUUAUUUCCAGGUGGACAGUUCCCACGUGACUUCUCCAUUUUAGUUACUCUGAAGCCCAAACGGAACACCCAGGCGUUCCUUCUCUCCAUCUACAAUGAGCAAGGUGUGCAGCAGCUGGGAGUGGAGGUCGGCAGGUCUCCUGUGUUUGUGUACGAGGAUCAGAAUGGUCGCCCAGCGCCAGAGGAUUACCCAAUUUUCACCACAACUAACCUUGCUGACAACAAGUGGCAUCGCGUGGCUAUCAGUGUUCAGAAAAAGAAUGUGACAAUGAUUGUAGACUGUAAAAAGAAAACUUCCCAACCACUCCCAAGGAGUAACAACCCCAUCGUGGAUACAAACGGAAUCACGGUGUUUGGGACAAGGAUCCUGGAUGAGGAAGUCUAUGAGAUACUUUCACUGGUUUUCACAAGGAAUGGAGUGACUGGUGCACAUUGAUAAAGAUCUCUGACUUAUUAGUGUUCCUGUGAGAGACUAAAAAUUGCUCUGUUUUUCAGAUUGACUAACUAUCUGCCAAAAAAGAAGCUCAUUAAUUCUGUGUCUCACUUUCA